CGAAGGAAAGAGAUAACCAAUUAUAAAGUGUAUUUUGUAAAAUUAAUGAAAAAAUAUGUAGCGAGAGAGAGGAGACGCGGGCCGGCGGCCGAUUUCGGUGGAGAGCCGCCAGUUUUCAGUUUGGAGCCGAACGUUCAGCGGGAACGUAGAGUUGUUGAUCAGCGCGCGCGCGACCGAGACGAUCAUAGCUGAGGAUCCGCGUAUCGGUUGUUUUCUAAGGUGUGCGCAUCGAUUAGCAUUCUCGGAACGGUUGACAUUUUUUUCACAAGUGUGGGAAGGGAACAUCUUUAAUAAGAAAAAAGAAGAAGACGUGCUGGCAAAGCAGUGUCGUAAGUGUCAGGAAGAAUCGGUGAAGUUCUGAACACCAUGCGGGAGUGACGGAACGUUCCGUUGAAGAAGAAGUGUGUGAAUCUGUCCCAUGAAGCGUGACGAGGAACGUGCUCGCAAGAUGUGGCGGGACAUCAGUGUGGCCGCGAUGCAGCAGCACGGUCCAAACUCGCUGCACCACCACCAUCCUCACCCGCACUACGGAAACGGUGGCGGCAAUGGGGUCAUGGUCGGGCCCGGUGGUCCCGGCCCGAACAACCCCCACUGGAACCAACCCGGCUACCGGAACUCGUACAGUUUGCCCCAUCCGGGUCAAAAUCCCGGCCAAAAUGGCCGCCACUACGCGUCCCAGGGGCCACCGCCGCACUACGAGAUCAAGCCGCUCUCGCAGUCCCCCUCGUUUCAAGAGAUUUCCGCGGCGAAUUACGGCAACGGAAAUUCGCCGUACCCGAUGAAACCCCGGCCGCUGUCCAUGUACGAGAUCGGCAACGGCUCGCCGGUCGGUCAGCUGCACUCGCUACCUCCCAACUUUGUGCCACACCAGCAGAGCAACGGCCACGGCAACGGACGGGCCCCGAACGGGAGGCCCUCGAUGGCGGGACCGCCGCCGCCGCCGCAUCAACACUCCCGCCAGCAGCCGAUGCAGCAGCUUUCCAACGGGCUGCGGCAACAGCCGGAAGAGUUGAAAGUCGACCCGGAACUAAUCUUCACAAAGCAGGAACGAAUCGGCAAGGGAUCCUUCGGCGAAGUGUUCAAGGGCGUCGACAACAGGACACAGCAGGUUGUGGCAAUCAAAAUCAUCGACCUCGAGGAGGCGGAAGAUGAGAUCGAGGACAUCCAGCAGGAAAUCAUGGUGCUAUCACAGUGUGACUCCCCCUUCGUCACCAAGUACUUCGGGUCGUACCUUAAGGGUACCAAGCUAUGGAUCAUCAUGGAGUACCUCGGCGGCGGAUCGGCCCUGGACCUGAUGAAGGCCGGUCUGUUCGAGGAGAUGCACAUCGCCAUCAUCCUGCGGGAGGUGCUCAAGGGUCUGGACUACCUGCACUCCGAGCGGAAGCUGCACCGGGACAUCAAGGCGGCCAACGUGCUCCUGUCCGAGCUCGGCGACGUCAAGCUGGCCGACUUCGGUGUGGCCGGGCAGCUCACCAACACGACCUCCAAGCGGAACACGUUCGUCGGAACGCCCUUCUGGAUGGCCCCGGAGGUCAUCAAGCAGUCCAUGUACGACAGCAAGGCGGACAUCUGGUCGCUCGGCAUCACCGCGAUCGAGCUGGCCAAGGGGGAACCGCCCAACUCGGAGCUGCACCCGAUGCGGGUGCUGUUCCUGAUCCCGAAGAACAACCCGCCCCAGCUCACCGGGAGCUACACCAAGCCAUUCAAAGACUUUGUCGAAGCGUGCCUAAACAAGGAUCCCGAAAAUAGACCCACGGCGAAGGAGCUGCUCAAGUUCCCGUUCAUCAAGAAAGCCAAGAAGAACGCCUACCUGAUCGACCUGAUCGAUCGGUACAAGAAGUGGAAGACGCAAAAGGGCGAGGAAAGCGAAACGGAGUCGGAAAAUUCGGACUCUGAGGAAUCCAAACCGGACAGCGACCUGGACGAGCCGUGGAUCAUGACCGUCAAGGGGCUGCACUUUAACAACUUCAACAAGAACGCGCUGGAGGAUGCGUUGGUGAGUGGCGUGGGCGGAUCGCCGAUCAAACACAACGGCACCAGCAACGCCAACAGCAGUCCCAACAACAUGGGCCUCGGCGGCAUGGGCAUGGGCAACGCUCGGGACCGGGACCGGGAUCGAGAUCGGGACUACAAUUUGAACCAGCAACGGCAAGAGCAACAGCAGCAGCAGCAGCAAAAGUCCAGUCAGUCACGAACACCUACGUCGCCAUCACACCAGCAGCAGCAGCAGCAGACGUCCUCGUCGGCGCUGAUAUCCAGCAGCAACAGCAACUCCAACAGCCGGAAGCAGUCUUCGCAGCAGCAGCAGAUUUUGUCCUCCUCUUCGUCGUCGGAACGGGUUGAUCGGAUUUCCGACCGGGAACCGGUGUCACCACAGAAGGAGCAGGGAUUGGGUAUGGGUCACUAUUCGAGCGAGAGGGCAAGCCUCGACCGGCAGCGGGAGAGCGAGAAGGAACGAGAGCGGGACCGAAUAGAGGCCGAGCGGGAGCGGAAGGAGAGGAGGGAAUCUAAGGUUUCAUCGAACCAUCGAGCUUCGGCCGAGAGCGGCGAGGAGAAGAUCAGCAGUUUGCGGCGAGACCGCGAGUCGUCCAACAGCAGCAACAACAGCCACAACAACAGUCACAGCAGCAACGGCAACUCCAGAAGCAACAUCAACAGCAACAGCAGUAUUACAAAUGUAAAUAACAACUCGAGCGGCAAAAGCCGAACGAGCAACAGCAGCAGCAACACCAACAGCGGCUGCCUCAAGUCGAUCAUCUUCCCCCUGCUGAACGAGAUGCAGCGAAGUUAUUCCAGCGCGAGCAACGCCGAGCUGAGCGACCUGCGGCUCGCCUUCGAGAAGGCCGAACUGACCUGCCCCGGCGUGAACGAUCUGUUCGUGAAGGAGAUCAUCCACAAGCUGGUGCCGGGCUUCUCCGAGACCCGGAUCAAUACGCUUAUAGACAAAGUGACGCGCGAGCCCAAGAGUAAGCGAUAAGCUGCACUAGACCUCAAGAGUUUGCCGUGUGUGUGUAGUGGGUGGUUUUCUUCACAAAAGUAGAUGCUGACCACGUGUGGAGGACGAUCAAACAGCGCAAACAGUACGGAGACGGAGAGUGUUUUUCUUCUUUUAUUUUUACUGUGUUUUUAUUUUAUUUUCGGAGUUAGCUAUCGCAAAAAAGGUUGUAAAUAAUUGUUUUAGUGAAGUGGAAAAAAAAAACAUAUUUUUUGAGAUAUUUAUUUGUUUCCAGCAAAUUAGCCUUUUUAGUCUGAAACACAAACACUGAAACAAAUCACAACAGAGAAUCAAACAGUUUCUCAAAACUGCGUGCAACCAAUUGAUAGCAAUGAAAACGAAUGACAAUAUGUCUAUUUUAGCCCAACACUCAAUCACACUCACACACACACUGUAGCGAAAUCAAGUCGAAAUCUUUCCGUAGAAGUUUCUUCGUAAACAUGGCUUUUGGUUAACUUUCCUUCUGUAAAUAAUUCUGUACAAAUCUUGUUCUGUUUUGUAGGUUUUAAAUUUGUUUUUUCGAAAUUAAUGAUUCCGCGAUCUUCCAAAAAGUACUCAACAAGAGACUUUGCUUUUUCGCUAUCUCUUUGCUGCGUUUUCAAAUUUUCAAAAGCAAACAAAAUACUAUUUUUCAUUUUUUUUUCUUUCACCCCCAAAUUUAGACGAAAUCCUGCUUCAUCGUCAAAGAUGACCGUCCUUUACUAGCGUGCCUCCCCCUUUUAAAUUUAUCAGCUUUUUUUGUUAAUUUGUUUUGUUAUUUUUGCUCGUUAUUCGCUCUUUUCAAGGCAUAGCUCGAUUUCCGUUCUUGCCAAAUCGCUCAACCUCAACAGAUUUGCUUUUUUGCGCCCCUUCUCUUUGUGUCGUUAUUCGCAGAGCGAGAGUGAAAAACGAGAAUCUGUCGGAGAGCGCGCGAAAAUUCUCUCUCACUCUUUUUACUCACCGUUAGCCGUUCGAGUCAUGUUUUUAUUAUUUAUUCACACGCUUAGCAUUUUUUUUUCGUUGUGUUCUCUAAAGCCGCUGCUGAUCGCAAUCAACAUUAUUCACACUCACAAAGACACACACUUCUGAAAAGAGAUUUAGUUGGAGCAGGUCACCCUUACACUCUCACACCAACACACAGGACGAAUGCAAAGAAAGAGAGCAAGAGAGAGAGGUUAGAAAAAGGCAGCCUAGUGCGAGCGUGAGAGAAUGAGAGAGGGCGUGGAAGAGAGAGUUGAAAACAGGUACGAGAAACGGAAGAGAAGAGUAAAACUGUUUAAUUAAUUUAAAAAAAGGAUAAAGUAGCGGAAAAAGAACACCUUCGGUAUGUAUUAUUGACUGUAAACAUAGAAUGUGGAGUAAAGUAGCGG